AUGGGUUGCAAACCCUUCACCAGCUUCAGUGCCUGUGUCAGAUUUAGGGGUUAGUAGAAAGAAACCUUAGACCCAACUAAAGGUUUCUUAACCUAGCAACUCCUAAACCUCGGUAGUCAAAUUUUCCUCAAAAAUUUAAAGAAGGCAAAGAAGGCAUGGCUAUUAUGGACAGUCCCAAUCAUUUGGCUUUAGUUUUUGGCUUACUAGGUAACGUGGUCUCCUUCAUGGUGUUCUUGGCACCCGUGCCAACAUUUUAUCGAAUUUACAAAAAGAAAUCCACUGAAGCUUUUCAGUCACUGCCUUACCUGGUGGCACUAUUCAGUUCCAUGCUUUGGCUAUACUAUGCCUCACUCAAGCCAUCCGAAACUACACUCCUCCUUACCAUUAACUCAUUGGGAUGUGCCAUUGAGAUUGUUUACAUAAUCAUGUUCACAAUCUAUGCCACCAAUGAUGCCAGGAAUUUAACUGUUAAACUGUUUAUGGUGAUGAACGUGGGAUCUUCCGCGUUGAUUUUCAUUGUCACUUACUUUUCUAUGCAUGGUUCCCUCCGCAUCCAAGUCGUGGGAUGGAUUUGUGUAACUAUUUCAGUUGGUGUUUUUGCAGCCCCUCUAAGCAUUCUGGCACAGGUUAUUCGAACCAAGAAUGUGGAGUUUAUGCCCUUUUACUUGUCACUUUUCCUCACCCUGAGUGCCAUAACAUGGUUUUUCUAUGGUCUCUUUCUUAAGGACAUAUGCAUUGCUAUCCCAAAUGUGCUGGGUUUCACUCUGGGACUACUUCAGAUGCUGCUGUAUGGCAUUUACAGGAACAGAGGUAGUAACAAUGGGACAGUUGUUAUAAAGGAAGAGCAUGCAUUAGAGACAAUGAAAAACGUUGUUGUAGUGAACCCGUUGGGAAACUGUGAGGUGUACCCAGUGCUAGUUAUCCAUGAAGGAAUAGAAGGUGCCGAAGAGGAGGAGAAAGGCGUGAAAAUUCCAGUGUGAAACCAUAUUAUGCGGGGUGUUUGUUACAGACACAAACACUUCCAAGUAGUCAUCUUUUAAUAUAACCAGUAACUGUCUUGUAAUAAUUAUCUAUCUUAAUCCAUCAAAAUGCAUGUAUCCUAGUUCCAUGAAUUAGUACUUAUCAAAAAUAGGCAAAAAUCUAACGUACUUAUCCCUUCAA